GUAGACAUUUCUGUUGGAGCGGGAAGGCAGCCUGGUUAGGUUCAGCCUGAAGCUUUGGGCCCCUCCUGUGGGCACGGCCCUGACAUCAGCUCCAUCUCUAGAGCCGCCACGGUGCUCUUUGAAUCUGUCCUGUAGGGUUAGUUCUCCAAACCUUUGGUUUGCCAUUUAGGGUCAGACCCCUACACAGAUGGUUGUAGGGUGACCCAGGCACCCCUUCCAUACCUCCUUCCUCUGCACAGUCUCCCACAUACUCUCUGGGCCCAGGGUCCCCGUCCUCUGUCUAGAAACCUGUGGUGUAGGUGUGUCCUCUGUGCCGUGACACCCCCGCACUGGGUCUCCCUUGGGCGAGUGUUAGCACGGAAAGCAGUGGGACCCCCAGUCCCACUAUAUGCCUCUAGUCUCUUAGUUUUGGGGACAGCUGGGCCACUACCAUCACAGGGUUUUAGCAGGGACCAGGGUUUGCUAGAAGGCAGAGACAGUAAAAAAAAAAAAAAAAAAAAAAAAAAAAAAGGAAUAAUAAAAGCAGGGCAUUUCUCCUUCUUUUGUCACAUGUGGAUUUCCCUUCUAUUUCUGCAAACCAGAGCCUGGACUUGUCUCCAGAUGCUUACUGUGCACAGUUCUGGAACGCAGGCUUCCUGAAAGCGAGACCAGGGGACCUACCUGCAGAGGAGUCCCUGUGGAUCCUGGUCUCCUGUCAUGUCCCCUGCUGUGUGACCACUGAGUUUUCAGGCCCCCGUGCAGCAGCCCCAUGUGUUCUGUUCAGGGGUUUUAGCUCUUACAAAGGCAAAGAUGGGGGGAACUGUGAUUAUUUCAAGUUCACCAGAACCAGCGCUGGAAUACUCCUUCUCUUGUCAUUGUUUUCAAAAAGCAGCGGGCUUGGACUGAAGGCUGGGUCUUCCAGGCACAGGUGCUCAGAGCUCUGUUGUGCACAGCCUGAGACCACCUGAGACCCUGUGCCCUGCCUUGUGAUUUCCUGUAGGGCUUGGGACCCUGGCGGAGUGACAGUCCUGGUUCCAGUGUCGUCUUCAGCUGAGUCAUGGCAACCCCGGAUGUGAGUGUCCACAUGGAGGAGGUGGUGGUGGUCACAACGCCGGACAGCGCAGUGGACGGGAGCAGCGUGGAGGAGGGCCGAGCUGGCGGAGGACAGCAUGGAGACCGAGAACGCUGCGGCGGCCGCGGCGGCCGCAUUCACGGCCUCCUCACAGCUCAAGGAGGCCGUGUUAGUGAAGGUGGCCGAGGAGGAGGAGCGUCUGGAGGCUGAAAUCGUGUACCCCAUCACCUGCGGGGGCAGCAGGGCCAACCUGAUCUGGAGGAAGUUCGUGUGCCCGGGUAUCAACGUCAAGUGUGUUCAGUAUGACGAGCACGUGAUCAGCCCGAAGGAGUUUGUGCACCUGGCUGGCAAGUCCACCCUGAAGGACUGGAAGAGGGCCAUCCGCAUGAACGGGAUCAUGCUUAGGAAGAUCAUGGACUCUGGGGAGCUGGACUUCUACCAGCACGACAAGGUCUGCUCCAACACCUGCCGCAGCACCAAGAUCGAUCUCUCGGGUGCCCGUGUGUCCCUGAGCAGCCCCACCUCUGCCGAGUACAUUCCGCUCACUCCCGCCACCGCUGACGUGAACGGGUCUCCCGCUACCAUCACCAUAGAGACCUGUGAGGAUCCCAGUGACUGGACCACGGCCAUCGGAGACGACACCUUCUCCUUCUGGCGAGGGCUCAAGGACGCGGGUCUGCUGGACGAGGUCAUACAGGAGUUCCACCAGGAGCUGAUGGAGACCAUGAAAGGCCUGCAGCAGCGGGUCCAGGACCCCCCCCUACAGCUCCGAGAUGCCGUCCUCCUCAACAACAUCGUGCAGAACUUCGGCCUGCUGGACCUGGUGAAGAAGGUACUGGCGAGUCACAAGUGCCAGAUGGACCGCUCGCGGGAGCAGUACGCCCGUGACCUGGCAGCCCUGGAGCAGCAGUGUGAUGAACACCGUCGCCGGGCCAAGGAGCUCAAGCACAAGUCCCAGCACCUCAGUAACGUGCUCAUGACGCUGACCCCCGUGUCCCUGCCGCCCCCCACGAAGCGGCCCCGGCUGGCUCGGGCCACAUCCGGGCCGGCGGCCGUCGCCUCACAGGUGCUCAGUCAGUCUGCCCAGAUCGCCCUCAGCCCCGGCGUGCCCGUGUCCCAGCUGACCGGCGUGCCGCUGGGCAAAGUGGUAUCUGCGCUGCCCUCCCCUGUGCUGGGCAAGGCACCCCCCCAGGCUGCUCCUGCCAGCUCCCCCGCCUCACCGCUGCUUGGGGGGUACACAGUGCUGGCCUCGUCGGGCACCGCCUUCCCCGGCGCGGUGGAGAUCCACCCGGACGCAUCGAGCCUCACGGUCUUGAGCACGGCCGCCAUGCAGGACGGCAGCACCGUGGUCAAGGUGGUGAGCCCCCUGCAGCUGCUCACCUUGCCGGGCCUGGGCCCCGCCCUGCAGAACGUGGCCCAGGUGUCACCCGGGGGCAGCACCAUCGUGACCGUGCCCACGGGGGCCGUUGAGAGCGCCGUGGCCGCCUCGGGGCCCGAGGAGCAUACGGCCACCAUCGAGGUGGCCGCCAUGGCGGAGGGCCCCGAGCACAAGUAGACACUGGUGGAAGGCGAGGCCCCUCGGGGGCACAGGGCCGGCCGCCUCUCCUCAGGCCGUGGCCGGGCAGGAGCGCGGCCCCGGCACCCCGCGGGUGACGUGGGGUUGAACCAAAGAGAGGAAACACCGAAACCGAAGAGGAGUAAAAGGGACCGCGGACGACAGACCUGUGCGGCCGGCCUCGCUCUCGGACCUCCGCCCCCUUCUUUCUUAGGAAAUACAUUUUUCCAUCUGUUGCUUAUUGACACUGUCUACACGUUGGGCCUGAUCAGGAGCCAGGUAGAGAGACGAGGAGGCAGAGCCGGGGAGCGGGGCACAGACCCCGCGGUGCAAGGGGCCUCUUGGGGGCCUGAGCCGGCUGGGGGAGGGUGUGUCACUAACACAUGUCUUGGGAACUGUCCCCAAGUGUGGAAACCCACGGAUCCUAUGGAUUUGGCUUCUUCCCACAGUUUUCUGUAGGUUUAGUGUGGCCCGGCACCCUGUCCUCCUGUCUCCGAACAGGCCUCGGUGCUGGGCUGCGGUUCCUGGGCACCCGGGAGGGUUGGAGGGAAUCCCCCUGGCACCCACCUGAGUAGGGGGCCAUGGGGCCCCAGCAGCAGGGUUUGCCGUCUGCCCACCUCCCCUCCACCCGGCAGGGGCUUGAGGGGCUCACCCGGGGCUGUUGCACAAGCACUGGGGGUGUUUCUAAGUGAAUUGUUUUGUAGGCUUCUAGGAAGAGGCAGAUUUGUAGCCUUUUCAGCCCAAGCAAUGCUGAGUGCCUGGCUCCCUGAAUUAGCUCUGGGUUCCAGCGUGCUUUCCAGAAGCAGCUGUUGGGACGGCCCAUGGGGCUGUGUGUGCUGUUGGUUCCCGUUGCUCCAGCCGUGAGCGUGGGGCACCAGCAGGCCACCUGGGGAGUGUGACUGUGCGUGUGCCCCUGGGGCUUUGGCCCCAGGGGCUGGGGGUGUGGACAGAACCAGACAGGAACUGAGGAUGAUGGCCUGGGCCAAGGGUGCUCCUGCCCACCCCCCCCAGGGGGCUUGCGACUCCUGUGCUCAGCCUGUCGAUGGGCCACCAUGAUAGCCUUAGUGCCUCCCCCCCCCCCAAUCCGGCCCCAGCCUGGAGGUGGAGAUGCACCUGCUGGCUGACGCUGCUGCCUGGGGCCUUCAUCUGCGCCUGCGCCAGGGCCAGUCGUGGUGGGGGUGAGGAUGCUCACUGGUAGGGCCAUGUGUGGGCCAUCGGCAGGUGUGAUUUUGUACGCAGGAGGGAGAGUAGGCGAGGGUCCCCUGAAGGCCUGGGGCCGUCGCCGGCAGGGCCCCAAGGCCCAUCUGAGCCCUUGAGAGGCAGGUCCCCCUUAGACCUGCCGGUUCCGUUGCCUGCUGAACACCCUUCUCGGGUGGGGGCGGGGGCUCCGAGGACAAGCUGCCGCCCCACUGUGCUUUGAAGGGAACUGGGCUCUGUGUGUCCUUCUAUCCCUCGGGUGCCCCAAACCUACCGGAGCGGGCCUCGCCCCCCAAGUCAAGCCACUGAGGUGGUCUUUUUCUGUUCGCUUUCCGUUGCCUACUUGUUUGCCGUUGUCACGGGUCAGCCGGUUUCAGCAUGACGUUUACUUGCUGGCGUGUGUCCUCCACCUCACCGAGUCCCGAUGCUGUUGGGCCUGCAACCCCCGGGGCCCCGCCUGGCCUGGCCUGUCCGUCUGCACCAGCUCAGACCCUAGGAGAAACCACGUGGUCUUGGCCGGUUGCGGCCCCUUUGAAGCCGCUGCCCUGCCCUCAGACCGCAGGGGUGUGGGGGGGAGGUGCGCCUCAGGGCCAUAGACGCAGAAGCCACAGCUUCCCACGUCACAAGGGCAGCCCCUCCCUCCUUCCGCCCCGGCUGGGGGCAGACACCUGUGCCUGGAGGGGCCCUGAGCGGGGGAGGGUCCCUGGAGCUCUGUCCCUGCUGCUCCCCGCAGGGCGGGACCACAGGCGGCUUCUGGGGAGCAGGACUGGAUUGGGUUUUUCUCGGUGCCAGGCGCCGGCUCAGGGGCAGCCUGGGGAGGGGAAGCAUCCGGGUUCUACUUUGUAUGUUGUUUUGCAAGUAUCUGCUUGGUACUUUGAUUUACAGUAAAAACAUUUUUCAUAA